AUGAAGUUUACGUUCGUCUCCACCCUCCUUUGCAUCUUCCUGGCGGUGACGCUAGCGACCCCGAUCGCUCAGCCUGUUGGUGAGGAGUUUGACUUGACUUUCCUCGAAGACACCAUCGAAGCAAGAUUCGACCCUUAUGACUAUGAGGCUUUGUCGAACUUCAUUCAAAAGAGAGACACUAGUGGCUUUGAGCAGACCAUCGAAGGUCUUUUGAACGUUGUUAAUGACUCCGGCGUGAUCUGGGCUGUGUUGGACCAAGUGGCCUACUACCCAGACCGCAUUGAAUUUAUUGCAAACCUCACAGGCCGUCUCAUUGGCGGUGCUAACCUCUCCAGCAUUGGUGACAUGCUUGGAGGCGGUCUUUUGGACUUGUCCGACCUCAAUGUUUCUGCUAUCGUGGGUGCUGUUGCAGACUCUGGUGUUGUUCAGAGCUUGUUGGACGGCAUCUUGCUCGACGAGGACUACAGACCAAACCUUGUGAACCUUGUCUCGAGAUUGUUGAAGUCUCAAAAGAACACAUUCUUGUGGUUGGUUCAGGACCUCUUUGGCAGAAACUCCAACAGUAAGAGAGCUGAGACCAGCGGUCUUGAGACUUUCAUUGGCAACAUCAUCUCCACUGCUUUGUCCUCCACUCUUGUGGCUGACGUUGCAAAGGAUGUGCUUACUGCCUUGAACAACACUCAGUUCCUCACAACCACCGUCAAACACUUCCUUGCUGACGAGGGCUACCAGAACAUGACUGCUCAGCUCGUCAUUGAUGUGAUGAACACUGGCGCUAUCAGCCUCAACGGUGCUUCUCUUAACGUCACCUCUCUUUCUGAGAGAGUCUUGAGCAGACCAGAGUUGAUCAGCGGUGCCGUCGGUAUGUUGCUUUCCGGUAACAUUCAGCUCGGCGGUUUGGGCAAGUAUGCUGACGCUGUGAUGGAGAUUGUCCGUGGUGUCGAGGAUGAUGGUACUUUUGCUGAGUUGAACAACUACGUCUUCUCCGAGUCCCACACCGUCUCCACUCCAGUUCUCUUCACCGGUACCGUUGUUGUUCCAAGAACUGCUAGCUUCAGUCUUGGUGGAAUUGGCGGCUUCUCAAAUGCCAGUGCCACAACGACUAACAGCCCUAACUCCAGAACAACUAACUCUCCAUCAAGAACCACUUCGCACGCUAACAACGACACUUCGUUCUCGUACCAGACUGACGACAACCUCAAUGAGCUGGAGUCUGCCGCUGAGGUGGCCUCCAUUCUUUCGUUGCUUUCUGCUUCUCCAGCUAGUGAGACUGGCUCUGCUACGAACUCACCCACUAGCAAGACCAGCGAGAGCUCUGGUUCUCCAAAGAGAUCCGCCACCUCUUCGGUCGACAGCUUGAGCAGGUGGAUGGAGACUUACGGUGCUGAGACCACUACCACCACCUCCAGCAGAUCUUCCGCACCAGCCACAACCUCCUCCUCAAGAAGCUAUAGAUCCAUGGUUACUGUCACUGUGGAGGAGGGUUCAGAUGGAACCACUACUGCCGACCUGAGCUCAGGCGGCGGCCUCGAUGCUAUUUUGGGCUUCUUCACUCAGACUGGCUCAAACAACCAGCGCAGAGAGGUUACCCAGGGCUCGAGCGCUUCUUCUAAGAGCGUGUCCAUGGUGUUGGUGUACUUGCAAGUGUUCUUGUUUGGCGGCGUUCUUAUGCUCUAA